CAGACCUUCGGAUCCCAUUCAGCAGUUUGGUGUUACUUCCAGCCAUCAGUCAUGGCCAAGUGGUGUGUGCAGAUAGUUGGCUUUGUGUGCAGCUGCCUGGGCUGGGUGGCCAUGGUUGUAGCUAGUGCCACCAAUGACUGGGUGGUGCUGUGCAAGUACAGCAUGAACACCUGCAUGAAGAUGGACGAUCUGGGGACUAAAGGACCUUGGGCUGAAUGUCUCAUCUCCACCAAACUUUACCACUGCAACACCUACACACAACUCCUGGACCUGCCCGCGUACAUCCAGGCCACUCGAGCGCUGAUGGUUGCAGGUUCCAUUCUGGGUCUGCCGGCUGUGGUCACCAUCCUCAUGUCCCUGCCUUGCAUCGUCAUCGCUAACGAGUCUCAAAGAUCCAAGAACAAACGAGCCGUCGUGGGCGGAGUCCUCGUACUUAUCGUUGCGCUCUGCGGGCUGGUGUCCACCAUUCUGUUCCCCAUGGGCGUGUCCUGGCACGACAACCUGAUGGCGUUCGGCUUCUCGCUGUACGCCGGCUGGGCGGGCGUGGUCUUGUCGCUGCUGGGCGGCUGCAUGCUCGCCUGCUGCUCGUCAAGCUCCGCCUCCUCCCGCCCGUACCAGGACAACAGCCACUACUAUUACUCCAAGUCGGGCAAGGCGGUGCCCCCCCCUGACCCCGCCUCCUCCGCCAACCACGCCAAGAGCGCCCACGUCUGACCAUGUCGUACGUACGCGCAAACUGUCAAGCGCCCUCCAAACUGACUUUUGAUUUUUUUUGGUGGGGGCGUGGCCUGUGGACUUUUUUGCUCAUCGACUCCCGCAUUUUUAUUGGACGAAUAAUCUUUGUUGUUUGAACUGGAAAUGGCGUGAAUGCUAGAAUAUCAACCAUUUAAGGGCUGUAAUUAUUCACUUUAUAGUCACCCCAAAUCCAAGCAGUCAACACGCCCCCUGGUGGCGGUGAGUUGCUAUUGAAUAUUGAAUACUAGAACAUGCAACUUUUACAGGAAUUGCGUGUGAAUGCUGUAUAUGCACUUAUGCUAACGUUAGCAUGCCGACAGUUAGAAUGGACAAGUACCAAGUUAUUUAACUCUCGGCGUACGCGUGCAAAAUGUGUCCCAAAAAAAAAAAAAGGAAAAAGCUAGCAUGCUAAUGUUAGCAUGCUAAUGUUAGCAUGCUGACAGCAUGUGUCAAAUAUCACGGUACAUGACUGAGGUGUAAGACGGCAAAAUUCGUCCCAAAAAAAAAAAAAAAAGCUAGCAUUCUAACGUUAGCAUGCUAAUUUUAGCAUGCUAAUAGCAUGUGUCAAAUAUCAAGUUACAGAGGUGUAUGGCGGCAAAAUCGGCAAAAAAAAUUUGCAUAAGUUAUUCCACCCAGAGGUGUCUGGCGGCAAAAUUGGCUAAAAAGUUAGCGUGCAAAGGCGUUAGCAUGCUAACUGUUAGCAGAUGUCACGUACCGAGUUAUUCGACUCAGAGGUGUCUGGCAGCAAAAUUGGCUAAAAGUUAGCUUGUAAAGGCGUUAGCAUGCUAACUGUUAGCAUAUGUCACUUACAAAGUAAUAUGACAUUCAAUGUAGCGUUUGAGUGCUAAUAAGCCCCCUAGUGGCAGGAAGCAGAAUAAAUAGCAAAUAGGCACAAUCUGAUUGGACACUUGGUAGAAGCUAACAUCUGACGUCCUUUGUUUUGUUUUUUACAUCUAAUAUCAUGUUUUUUACAUCCAUAAUCAUGUUUUUUAUAUCUAAUAUGAUGCGCCAAACAAAUAUUGCUUUUGAAGCAUGAUAAUAGCAUUAGCGGAUGCUAGCAAUGGCGUAGCAUCGUUUCCUGGAAAAGUCUCAUCUUUAGCUACCACCAACAUAUCUGCACAACGUAAACACGACGAUGGCUUUCAGCACAUCAAAACAUUAUGUUGCUUCUUUCCCCGUCAAUAAUUUGACCUUUUUCAUGUUGCCAUAAAAGUGUUAAUAAUUCAUGCGUGUUAGAGGAAGUCAAUUAGCAAGCCUUCUUUUUAACAACUUCUAAUUACCACCAAAACAUUGCGCAAUAACAUGAAUAUGACAAUUAGUUUUGGUGCGUAAUGAUAACACUAUUAGUCUAAAUGAGGUUUGAUUUUGAUGAAAUAAUACAUUAUAAUUUUUAAUGAUAAUAAUCCAUCCAUCCAUCUUUUUCCGCUUAUCCGAGGUCGGGUCGCGGGGGCAGCAGCCUAAGCAGGGAAGCCCAGACUUAAAUAAAUAAAUGAUAAAUGGGUUAUACUUGUAUAGCGCUUUUCUACCUUCAAGGUACUCAAAGCGCUUUGACACUAUUUCCACAUUCACCCAUUCACACACACAUUCACACACUGAUGGAGGGAGCUGCCAUGCAAGGCGCUACCAGCAGCCAUCAGGAGCAAGGGUGAAGUGUCUUGCCCAAGGACACAACGGACGUGACUAGGAUGGUAGAAGGUGGGGAUUGAACCCCAGUAACCAGCAACCCUCGGAUUGCUGGCACGGCCACUCUACCAACUUCGCCACGCCGUCCCGACUUCCCUCUUCCCAGCCACUUCAAUUCCAUAAUAAUUAAUAAAUUAAUAACUUAAUAAAUUAAUAAAUUAAUAAUUAAAUUUUAAUCAGUUAAUAAUAAUAAUUAAUAAUGAACAAUACUACUUAAGUGUUGGAGCAAAUUUUAAAAAUCACAAAACAAUGUGUUUUGGUGGGGUUUUUUAACACUAUUAGUGUCAAUAACCAUUCAGGUCUGAUAAAUUCAAGGAUUGGAAUAGUGAUUGGGUAGUGAUUAAUGCGAAGGGCUACCAGUUUGAUACACACUUCAAUAAAUGGCCAGAAAUAGCCAAUUUGCUCAAUUUACCUUUAACUCUAUGUUAUUAAUAAUUAAUGAUAUUUACACUUAAUUGAACGGUUUAAAAGAGGAGAAAACACGAAAAAAAUGACAAUUAAAUUUUGAAACAUAGUUUAUGAGACUUUUGUGAUUUAGGGCUAUAUAAAUAAACAUUGAUUGAUUGAAUUUCGACUCUUUAAAAUUCAAAAUUCAACCGAAAAAAAGAAGGGAAAAACUAUCUAAUUUGAAUCUUUUUGAAAAAAUUAAAAUAAUUUAUGGAACAUCAUUAGUAAUUUUUCCUGAUUAAGCUUAAUUUUAGAAUUUUGAUGACAUGUUUUAAAUAGGUUAAAAUCCAAUCUACACUUUGUUAGAAUAUAUAACAAAUUGGACCAAGCUAUAUUUCUAACAAAGACAAAUCAUUAUUUCUUCUUGAUUUUCCAGAAACAUUUUUUUAAAAGAAAUUCAAAAGACUUUGAAAUAAGAUUUCAAUUUGAUUCUACAGAUUUUCUAGAUUUGCCAGAAUAAUUUUUUUGAAUUUUAAUCAUAAUAAGUUUGAAGAAAUAUUUCACAAAUAUUCUUCGUCGGAAAAACAGAAGCUAAAAUGAAGAAUUAAAUUAAAAUUAAUUUAUUAUUCUUUACAAUAAAAAAAAUACAUUUACUUGAACAUUGAUUUACAUUGUCAGGAAAGAAGAGGAAGGAAUUUAAAAAGUUAAAAAGGUAUAUGAUUAAAAAUCCUAAAAUCAUUUUUAAGGUUGUAUUUUGUCUCUAAAAUUGUCUUUCUGGAAGUUAUAAGAAGCAAAGUAAAAAAAAUUAUGAAUUUAUUUAAACAAGUGAAGACCAAGUCUUUAAAAUAUUUUCUUGGAUUUUCAAAUUCUAUUUGACUUUUGUCUCUCUUAGAAUUAAAAAUGUCGGGCAAAGCGAGACCAGCUUGCUAGUAAAUAAAUAACAUUUAAAAAAUAGAGGCAGCUCACUGGUAAGUGCUGCUAUUUGAGCUAUUUUUUAGAACAGGCCAGCGGGCUACUCAUCUGGUCCUUACGGGCUACCUGGUGCCCGCGGGCACCGCGUUGGUGACCCCUGGCGUAGCAUGUACGCUAGCCGUCCCGGACAAGCUGCGUGAUUUUGUUGAUUCCCCAAAAUGUCUUCGCUCUCUAAACAUUUUGAAAAAGCUGCAGAUUUUUCUUCUCGAAUGUAUUUUUUUUUUUUUUAUAUAAAAAUGCUUGCACUGUAUUUUUCGGAGUAUAAGUCGCUCCGGAGUAUAAGUCACACCGGCCGAAAAUGCAUAAUAAAGAAGGAAAAAAACAUAUAUAAGUCGCAUUGGAGUAUAAGUCGCAUUUUUUGGGGAAAUGUAUUUGAUAAAAGCCAACAGCAAGAAUAGACAUUUGAAAGGCAAUUUAAAAUAAAUCAAGAAUAGUGAACAACAGGCUGAAUAAGUGUACGUUAUAUGAGGCAUAAAUAACCAACUGCUAUGUUAACGUAACAUAUUAUGGUAAGAGUCAUUCAAAUAACUAUAACAUAUAGAACAUGCUAUACGUUUACCAAACAAUCUGUCACUCCUAAUCGCUAAAUCCCAUGAAAUCUUAUACGUCUAGUCUCUUACGUGAAUAAUAUUAUUUCAUAUUUUACGCUAAUGUGUUCAUCAUUUCACACAUAAGUCGCUCCCGAGUAUAAGUCGCACCCCCGGCCAAACUAGGAAAAAAACUGCCACUUAUAGUCCGAAAAAUACGGUAAUAAUAAUAAUAAUUUAUUAAUAAUUAAUAAUUUAUAAUUUAUAAAUUAUAAUUAAAUUAUAAUUAAGUAAUAAUAAUAAUUAAUAAUAAACAAUACUACUUAAGUGUUGGAGCAACUUUUAAAAAUCACAAAACAAUGUGUUUUGGUGUUUUUUGUUAACACUAUUAGUGUCAAUAAGCAUUCAGGUCUGACGAGUGCUUAAGCGUAGCAUGUAUGCUAGCCGUCCCGGACAAGCUGCGUGAUUUUGUUGAUGCCCCAAAAAGUCUUCGCUCUCUAAGCAUUUUGAAAAAGCUGCAGAUUUUUCUUCUCAAAUGUACACUACCGUUCAAAAAUUUGGGGUCACCCAAACAAUUUUGUGUUUGAGCCUUCAUUUCUAAGAAGAAGAAUAAACUGUCGAGUUUCACAUGAAAGUUCUCUUUUUCUGGCCAUUUUGAGCGUUUAAUUGAGCCCACAAAUGUGAUGCUCCAGAAACUCAAUCUGCUCAAAGGAAGGUCGGUUUUGUAGCUUCUGUAACGAGCUAAAGUGUUUUCAGAUGUGUGAACAUGAUUGCACAAGGCUUUUCUAAUCAUCAAUUAGCCUUCUGAGCCAAUGAGCAAACACAUUGUACCAUUAGAACACUGGAGUGAUAGUUGCUGGAAAUGGGCCUCUAUACACCUAUGUAGAUAUUGCACCAAAAAGCAGCUAGAAUAGUCAUUUAGCACAUUAGCAAUGUAUAUUUCUUUCAAGUUAAGACUAGUUUCAAGUUAUCUUCAUUGAAAAGUACAGUGCUUUUCCUUCAAAAAUAAGGACAUUUACAUGUGACCCCAAACUUUUCAACGCUAGUGUAUAUUGUUGUUUUUUUUUAUAAAAAUGCUUGUAAAGGUGAUAAGAAUGGAAAGUCCCGUGUUGUUGUCUUGCCUUAUAAACUGUGGAAUGUAUGAGACCUGAUGAAGUCUGAUGAAGUCUGAAGUCUGAUGAAGUCACAUGAAGUCAGGAAAUUGUGGAAAUUCAUAUUUUGUGUCACUUUGCUCCAAAACCAAAUGAGUAUUUCCAGACUUUGUUGGCUAUUUAUUGUUAUUUGAUGUGCUUUUCUUUGGAUUUUCUACAAUAAAAUCUUUCACGAA